AUGGCUCGGGUCAUCUUGAGACUCUUAUGCAGCUGGCUGCCUGCCGUGCUGUUGAUUCGGGUUGGCGCCCAGCAGUAUACAGCAUUAGACAUUGCGACAGGGCAACAUGUUUGCGUAAUCCUGUCCGACGGCAUGCUCAAAUGCUGGGGUCCUAACAGCGAGUAUCAGUUGGGUUACGGUGACCAAACGGUGCGUUCUGUGAUGGGCGAUGCUUUGCCAACGGUUGACCUUGGAACUGGCCGCAGUGCCCAGCGACUGCCGGACUCGAUGUACCAGACGACGUUUGUGAUUCUGGAUGAUGGAUCCCUCAUAGGCUUUGGCCAGAACUCGAAUGGGAUCGCUGGUGCCGGCGUCAGCACCACACGAGUGGGCAGCGCCGGGGCCGGAGCCCUUCCGGCGAUCAAUUUGGGCACUGGCCGAACUGCAAAACGGGUUGCUAGCAUCGAUUCGCACACAUGUGUGAUUCUGGACGACGACACCUUGAAAUGCUGGGGAGGCACGAAUUUUGGAAACCCCACUGGGUCUGGUGAUACAACUAACCGAGGUCACACUGCUGCAAGCAUGGGUGACAACUUGCCAGUCGUGGAUCUAGGAACUGGUCAUGUGCCGGCGGAAGUGGUUUGCGCCCGCUAUUUCACAUGCGUACUUCUUACAAGCGGCAACGUCAAGUGCUUCGGGUUCGGUUCGAAUGGAGGAUUGGGCCAGGGAGACCUCCAUGACCGAGGAACCUCACCCAGCCACAUGGGGGACAACCUGCCUCUAGUGGAUUUGGGCACUGGGAGGACCGCAGUGCAAAUCGGUGCGGGUGAACAAGCCGCGUGUGCUAGGUUGGACGAUUCUUCGGUGAAGUGCUGGGGGUGGCAGGUCCAUGGCAUGCUCGGCUCAGAAUCAACGAGCGACUUCGGAGAUGCACCUGGCAGUAUUGGAGACCACCUGCCAACCGUGAAUCUCGGAACGGGUCGCACUGCGAAAGACCUCGCCGUCGGAGAGAAGCACGUUUGCGCCGUUUUAGACGAUGAUAGCAUCAAAUGUUGGGGACAAGGUACUGGUGGCGGGUUGGGACAGGGAGAUACCGUGCAACGCGGGAAAGCAGCCGGGACGAUGGGGGACGACCUGCCUGCUUUCAGCUUGGGCACAGGCCGUACAGUGAAGAAGAUGCGACUUGGCUACGAGCUUUUUGGUUGUGCAAUCCUUGACGAUGACAGUGUCAAGUGCUGGGGGCAAGCCACUAGCAACGCCAGAUUGGGGUAUGGAGACACGGAAAAUCGUGGAGACGCAGCUGGCGAGAUGGGCGAUAACUUACCGGUGAUCGACCUGGGCAUCGCUCCUACCACCACGACGGUAGUGACGACUACCACAACAAGCUCUAGAUCAGAGACCGUGACAAGCACAUCAACAAUGUCGAGCAGUACCACAAGCAGCAGUAGCACAACUAGCACCACUAGUACAAGUUCCACAACGUCCUCAACGACUGCAACUCGCACCACGGCUACAAGCACCAGCAGCAGCACAAGAACAAGCACAAGCACGACUAGCAGCACAAGCACAAGCACAGGCACAACAAGCAGCACGAGUAGAAGCACAACGUCCUCAACGACUGCAACUCGCACCACAACUACAAACACCAGCAGUAGCACAAGCACAAUCACGAGCUCAAGCACGACAAGGAGCACAAGCACAAGCACAGGCACAACAAGCAGCACAAGCACAGGCACAACAAGCAGCACAAGCACAAGCACAACGCCCUCGACGACUGCAACUCGCACCACAACUACAAGCACCAGCAGUAGCACAAGCACAAUUACGAGCUCAAGCACGACAACGAGCUCAAGCACAAGCACAGGCACAACAAGCAGCACAAUCACAAGCGCAACGUCCUCAACGACUGCAACCCACACCACAAGUACAAGCACCAGCAGCAGCACAAGCACAAGCACGGCGACCAUGAGUAGUACAACUGAGAGCAGUACAACAUCCAGCAGUGACGCUAGUACUUCAAGCAGCUCACAGAGCAGCACAAGCACAACUAGUCACACGUCGGCAACAAGCUCCGCUACCAGCAGCACAGGAACAAUUCCAGUCUUGAACGAGCAAGAGUUCGCGCAGCUCGAGGAACUCCGCGAACAGCAGGCCACUGAGGCAGUGGAAACCCUUGAUGCUGUGGAGGAGGCAGCUGUGAGCCAGACGCUUCAAGUGCUAUCCUCGCAGAUUGCAAGUAGCAACUCCACGAAUGGUGUUUUGGCGGAAGCAUCUGUUGAAACCGUAGCAGGUGUUCUGAAGGUGGUGGCUCUGUCUGCUGCAUCCUUGCCAGAAGGCAGCAAUGUCAGCAUCGAGGGAGAAGAGGGUACCAGCGUUUCCGUCCCUACUGCUGUUCUCGCCCAAGCUGCUGAUGCUGCUGGUUCGGAGGUGGUGUUGCUGAGCUUCACCACACUUUCAGCGAACGUCUCUGACAAGAUCAGGAGCGAUGACUCCAGGUUAGCCCGACGGCUGGCUGCUGAUGCUGCUGGCAUGGAUACCGGCUCAACGCUGGUUGGUCAGUCCAUCAGCAUCGAGUUCCGUACGUCAGGUGGAUCCAAGCUUGAGAUCAAGAACCUCGCUGAGCCCAUGGAGUUUCUACUACCAGUGUCUGAAGAGAACGCUACGUGCGCAUAUUUUGAUGAGGAGACCCUGCGCUGGUCGACUGAGGGUGUAGAGACCAUUGCUACGUCUUCUGGCCAAAUCAUCUGCCGCACCUCUCACCUGUCGAUCUUCGGAGGAGUUCUGGGCUUCGUUUUGGGGAAUAUUGCCAGCGUGUUGAAAUGCAGCACAGCCUCGCAGAUAUUCAGUGCUGAAGGUGUGGCCAAAUUGGGACAGCACCAGUGGCUCUCCCACAGUACAUCAGUGGUGGUUUUCGUUUGUUUUUUCUGUUUUGUGGUGGGGUUCUGCUUGGCAGUCCGCCUGGACACGAAAGUGAGCAAUGCAAUUCCCUGGGAGCACAAGGAGCCCCUGCUUCUGCGCACGAAGACCUCAGUCGGUCAAACGCUGGCGCCAGAAGAUAACAAGCAUGAGGCGGAGAAUGCUGAGACCAAUAAGUCUUGCUGCACCCGUACCCGAGAGCUUUUGGAAGCAUCCGCGGAAUGGCUUCUGUGGGGAGUUGGGCUUUUCUUCGGAUAUGAAAACUUGUCAGAAGUCUUGAAAGAGUUUUUGCCGAACGCCCCGGAGUCCGUGGUCAAUCGCUGCAUUACCAGCAUCCACGCUCACAAAACAGGCACCUCGAGAGACAGCAUUGACGGCGUGAAGAAGAUGGUCAAGUCGCUCUCCCGCACCAGGUCUUUUCCAACCGAGACCACGCCAGACUCAGGCAACGACCCUGUGUCUGCUGGGCAAAUUAUCUCGGAGACCCCAGAAACAAAUGAUGAGAGGCAGCGGCCUUUCUCACGGAUUUUGUCACGCAGUGCAUCUAACCUCAACACGCCCGGCAUGAUGCGCAAGAUGAAAUCGUUCGACCCUUCUCACAGUGUCCACCUGCUUGAGUAUGAAGACAUUCGAGCACGCGGGGAGAAGGCGGUGCAGAGCUUCAUCUCGAGCACCAUUGUGAUGCGAAUUUUUCUCCUCUUCCCGUCUAUCCACCCCUGGCUGGAGACUGUUCGAUUCAGCCUGUUUACCUCGCACGCCACACGCGCGGCGCUCAUCAUCACGAAGCUGACGAGUGCAGCAGCCGCGGCGGCGCUAUUUUACUCCAGCAGCUCAGUUUCACCAGAUUCGGAUCCGGACUGCCUUCCUCCAAGCGAUCUGCUGUCCAGUAUGAUCCAGGCCGCAACCGUGGGGCUCGUCACCGCUUUUCUUGGAGACACCGUUGUCUUCAUUUUGUUCAUGAUACAGACACGGGAGGCCGUUCACAAGCACGAGUGGGAUCCGUUGGCCAGGGAUAAGCAGCUGCGCCUGUGGAAGUGCAAAUCCACCGUGUUUUGGUUGAUAUGGAGUUCGCACCUGUGCUUAUGCAUGUUCUACACCCUCGCCUUCCUUGCAAAUGUCAGCUCGGAGGAUGCUGCAGCAUGGCUCGAAGGCUGUGCCAUCAGCCUCCUGCAAGACCUGGUGAUUUUUCCCCUGACUGUGGCACUCACCCUCGCCAUCUUCGCAAGCCUUGCAAUCUGUUGUAGCCGAAAGGUGAAGCAGCGCAUUGACGGCGACUGGUUUGGAGCGGAGGAGUCCGAAGAGGAGCAGGAGAUGGAGGGUGAGGAAGCUGGAGCAGAGCAGGACAACGUUUUCCAUGGCUGGCUUCAAGCGGAAGAUGUCGUGGAAGUCAUGACCCCGGAAGAAGAUUUAAUAGUUGAGGUAUUUCUGGGCUCGCCGGGAGAGUCGCAUGUCACCACGAUCACAGACGCUCGCCUUCGGAAGAUUGCUGGAGAAGCCUCUUUGGAGGUGUCUAGCCGGCCUGGCACAGCUCUGUACGUGGAUGAGUGUGAUAGUUGCAACUCAGUGAGCUUAGCGAGGGUGUAG